CUUUUGAGAUUUUUAGUGCUCUAGAAUUGCACAGCCUCUCCAGGUCAGGUUUGGGGCCUACUAGGUUUGCUUGGUGAAAUGAAUUGUGCACCUGUGUCAUGCAUGGUCACUGGUUUACGUUCAGAAACUGUUCGCCUCCACUUUUACAAAACAGAGUACACAGAUCCCUUACUAAGCUCUUGGCUCGUAACGAUCCCUGAGGUACAUUCAGAGCCCCAUCCUCGCGGCGUUCAUGCAGGUGUCUCAGGGGUCUGUCGGCCAGCAAUCCCCAAUUCCUCAUCACAUAUUCCUCACAAUGCAUGCUGGCUAAAAUGGAAAUUGCGUUCAGAAAUAGCCCUGCUUUGCCAUCAUACACUAGGAGAAAGGGGGAAAUUAUGUUCCAUUAGAAACCCUAGGCUCUCUUGCAUGCUUCGCAAUGUAAAAUAAUUUUUUACAAAACACCAAUACGUUAAGAAGAACUACUUCCUUCAUCUACCUACUAGGGGCAGCCCACUUUAUGCAGUUAGCACGGCCUUCCUACUCAAACUAGAAAUGGAUAAAAAGAGAAGGGUAAGUAUGGUUAUAACUGUGGAUUCUGUACCUUCCUCUUUAAUCUACGUCUCAUAUUAACUAACAAUGGAGGCCGGAGGCCGGAAGUCUUAGACACCAGCGAGAGCCGCUCCUUCCCGACGACUCUAUGGCUUUCCUCUUUAAGUCUCAUAUUCACUAACAACGGAGGCUGGAGGCCGGAAAUUUUAGACACCAGCGAGAGCGGCUUCUUCCCCACGACUCUAUGGCUUUCGGGUUACUUAAGCCACGGAGAACUCUAUGGUUCCGGGGCGGGCCGGGAGGUUUGAGUUUGAAGACAGGCGGGAAGAUGAUGACAGCACCUGUCGGCAGGCCAGGGUUCCCCCGAGUGGGAGGACGCUGGGACUGUGGCUUGCCCUGAUGUCCGAGUAAGGGUUUCCUAUGAAUCUUCUGCGUCGGAGUGGGAAACGGCGGCGUUCAGAGUCAGGCUCAGAUUCGUUGUCGGGAAGCGGCGGUGACAGCAGUGCCAGCCCCCAGCUCCUCUCCCUGACCGUGCUGAGCCCGCCGCCGGGCCUGGGUCGCUGCCUGAAGGAUCGCGGCCGUCAGUCAGCCGCAACUGCAGGAGAAUGCAAGCCUACCGCUCCCGACUGCCAAAUAGACAAGCUACUAUUGGCAAAUUGGGGACUUCCUAAAGCAGUUCUGGAAAAAUACCACAGUUUUGGUGUAAAAAAGAUGUUUGAAUGGCAGGCAGAGUGCCUUUUGCUCGGACAAGUCCUGGAAGGAAAGAAUUUAGUCUAUUCAGCUCCUACAAGUGCUGGGAAGACUCUUGUGGCAGAAUUACUUAUUUUGAAGCGGGUUUUGGAAAUGCGGAAGAAAGCUUUAUUUAUUCUUCCUUUUGUUUCUGUGGCUAAAGAGAAGAAAUACUAUCUCCAGAGUCUGUUUCAGGAAGUAGGAAUAAAAGUAGACGGUUAUAUGGGCAGCACCUCUCCAGCAAGGCAUUUCUCUUCCUUGGAUGUUGCAGUCUGCACAAUUGAAAGAGCCAAUGGUCUGAUCAAUCGCCUCAUAGAGGAAAAUAAGAUGGAUCUGUUAGGAAUGGUUGUUGUGGAUGAAUUACAUAUGCUGGGAGACUCUCACCGAGGGUAUCUGCUGGAACUUUUGCUGACCAAAAUUUGCUAUAUUUCUCGGAAAACAGCGUCUUCUCAGGCAGAUUUAGCCAGUUCUCUGUCUAAUGCUGUGCAAAUUGUUGGCAUGAGUGCUACCCUUCCUAAUUUGGAGGUUGUGGCUUCCUGGUUGAAUGCCGAACUCUACCAUACGGACUUUCGUCCUGUACCGCUUUUGGAGUCAGUAAAAGUUGGAAAUUCCAUAUAUGACUCUUCAGUGAAACUUGUGAGGGAAUUUCAACCCAUGCUACAAGUGAAGGGAGAUGAGGACCAUGUUGUUAGUUUAUGUUAUGAGACAAUUCGUGAUAACCAUUCAGUAUUACUUUUUUGUCCAUCGAAGAAAUGGUGUGAGAAGCUGGCAGAUAUCAUUGCUCGAGAGUUUUAUAAUCUACAUCAUCAAGCUGAGGGAUUGGUGAAAUCCUCAGAAUUCCCACCAGUCAUUCUGGAACAAAAAGACCUCCUGGAAGUGAUGGAUCAGUUAAGAUGUUUGCCUUCAGGACUGGACUCUGUAUUACAGAAAACUGUACCAUGGGGAGUAGCAUUUCAUCAUGCAGGUCUUACUUUUGAGGAGAGGGAUAUCAUUGAAGGAGCCUUUCGUCAAGGUCUCAUUCGGGUCUUGGCAGCAACUUCUACUCUUUCUUCUGGAGUGAAUUUACCUGCACGUCGUGUGAUUAUUCGAACUCCGAUUUUUGGUGGUCGACCUCUAGAUAUUCUUACUUAUAAGCAGAUGGUUGGUCGUGCUGGCAGGAAAGGAGUAGAUACCGUAGGUGAGAGUAUCUUAAUUUGUAAGAACUCUGAGAAAUCAAAAGGCAUAGCUCUCCUUCAGGGAUCUCUAAAGCCUGUUUGCAGCUGUCUGCAAAGACAAGAAGGAGAAGAAGUAACUGCCAGCAUGAUACGAGCUAUUCUGGAGAUAAUAGUUGGUGGAGUGGCAAGUACAUCACAAGAUAUGCAUACUUAUGCUGACUGUACAUUUUUGGCUGCAAGUAUGAAAGAAGGAAAGCAAGGAAUUCAGAGAAACCAAGAGUCUGUUCAGGUUGGAGCAAUUGAGGCCUGUGUCAUGUGGCUGCUAGAAAAUGAAUUCAUCCAGAUUACAGAAGCCAGUGAUGGAACAGAAGGAAAGGUGUAUCAUCCAACACAUCUUGGUUCGGCUACUCUUUCUUCUUCACUUUCUCCAGCUGAUACUUUAGAUAUUUUUGCUGACCUGCAAAGAGCAAUGAAGGGCUUUGUGUUAGAGAAUGAUCUUCAUAUUGUCUAUCUGGUUACACCUAUGUUUGAGGAUUGGACUACUAUUGAUUGGUAUCGAUUUUUUUGUUUAUGGGAGAAGUUGCCAACUUCUAUGAAAAGAGUGGCAGAGCUAGUGGGAGUUGAAGAGGGGUUCUUGGCUCGCUGUGUGAAAGGAAAAGUAGUAGCCAGAACUGAGAGACAGCACCGACAAAUGGCCAUCCAUAAAAGGUUUUUCACCAGUCUUGUGCUAUUAGAUUUAAUCAGUGAAGUUCCCUUAAGGAAAAUUAUUCAAAAAUAUGGAUGCAAUCGUGGACAGAUUCAAUCUUUGCAGCAGUCGGCUGCUGUUUAUGCAGGGAUGAUUACAGUAUUUUCCAACCGUCUGGGCUGGCACAACAUGGAACUACUACUUUCCCAAUUUCAGAAGCGUCUUACAUUUGGCAUCCAGAGGGAGCUGUGUGACCUGAUUCGGGUAUCCUUAUUGAAUGCUCCGAGAGCCAGGGUUCUCUAUGCUUCUGGCUUUCUUACUGUGGCAGACCUUGCCAGAGCAAAUAUUGCAGAGGUAGAGAUGAUUCUGAAAAAUGCUGUGCCUUUCAAAAGUGCCCGGAAGGCAGUGGAUGAGGAAGAGGAAGCAGUUGAAGAACGUCGGAAUAUGCGAACUAUCUGGGUGACUGGCAGAAAAGGUUUAACUGAAAGGGAAGCAGCAGCCCUUAUAGUGGAAGAAGCCAGAAUGAUUCUGCAGCAGGACUUAGUUGAAAUGGGAGUGCAAUGGAAUCCAUAUGCAUAUUCUAGUACAUGUUCAUUGACUCAUAGUGAGUCAGAAGUAAAGGAACACACAUUUAUAUCCCAAACUAAGAGUUCUUAUAAAAAAAUAACAUCAAAGAAUGAAAACACAAUAUUUAUUGAUUCUUAUAUUAAGCAUUCACCAAAUACAGUGCAAGACUUAAAUAAAAGUAAAGAGCAUACAAGUUCCUUUAAUUGUAAUUUCCAGGAUGGGAAUCAAGAACAUCAGAAAUAUUCCAUUUUCAGAGCAAGAAAACGGGCUUCUUUGGAUAUAAAUAAAGAGAAGCCAGGAGCCUCUAAGAAUGAGGGGGAAAUAAGCAUUAAGAAAGUUGUCCAGACUUUUUCAGAAAAAACAAAAAAGGCACCUUUGAAUUUUAGUUCAGAAAAGAUGAGUAGAAAUUUUCAAUCUUGGAAACACAGAAAGCGUCUCAAGCAAUCCAGGCACAGCAGCCCUCUGAAAGGCUCUGGAGCAUGUAGAAUCAAUUUACAAGGACAGACUCUGUCUAAUUCUAAGCUUUGUGAAGACUCAUUUAGCUUAGAUGAGAAUACAGGAUGUAGAAGUUCAGGGCCAUUUGCUAAAAACAUAUAUUUGAGUGGUGUGGGAAAAGAUGACAAAACAUCAUUCACAUUACAAAUAAAGCAAAGUUGUUCACUAACUAAUGAUAAUUUUGUGGAACAUUUCAUUUCAGGAUCUCAGAGUAUAAAUGGGACCUGUCAGGUCACUAAUGUGGUUAGUGAAAAAGGCAGAGAUAAAGCUGUUGAGGUGGAAAAAAUUAAUGAAGUACUGAUACAAAAUGAUUCAAAAAACCAGAAUGUUUAUGUGAAACACCAUGACACCCAUCCUAUUAACCGGUACCCUCAAAAGCAAUCUAAUGAACAGACAAGCACUUUUAUCAAACAGAAAAAUAUAAUAGAGAAACAAAUGCCCUGUGAGGCAGUCAGUAGUUACAUAAAUGGAGACUUAAAUGUUACUACUGUCAAUUGUGAAAGGAUAAAGCUUAAUACAGAGGAAAAUAAUCCAAGUCAUUUUCAGGCAUUAGGAGAGGAUAUAAGCAGAACUGAGAUACCCAGUGGAGUAUUUCUAUCAACUAGAGCACUUAGCAAAUCAGGAGGCCAACAUGAGAAUUUUCUAAAUAUUUCUAGACUACAAGAAAAAACAAGUGAUUAUACAACAAACAAAAAUAGAAAUAAUGCUGCUGACUCAGGUUUAGUCCUCUGUGAUUUUGAAGAUAGUUUCUACCUGGAUUCUCAGUCAGAGAAAAUAAUACAACAGAUGGCAACUGAAAGUGCCAAACUAGGAGCAGAGGAUACCAGCCUGGCAGCAGGGAUAAGGCAGAAGAGCUUAGUCAAACAGAACUUGAUGAACUCUUUUCAGAAUGAGUGUCACAUUACUUUUCCGGCUGAACAGCAUCCUCUAGGAGUGAAAAACAUAGAUCAUUUGAACCUUAAGACUGUAGGUCCUAUGAAACAAAGCACUGAUUCACAUGGGGUUGAGAUCCUGACUCCAGAAAGCCCAAUUUUUCAUUCUCCGAUACUAUUGGAGGAAAAUGGUCUUUGUUUUAAAAAGAAUGAACUUUCUGUUACUGAUUCCCAAUUGAAUAGUUUUCUUCAAGUUUAUCAAACACAAGAAACUGUGAAACCAGUUACACCUCUGGUUCCCCAAAAGAGAACUCCCACUGGUAUAGGAGAAUGUCUUCCAGUUCCUGAAACGAGUUUGAAUAUGAGUGAUAGUUUACUAUUUGACAGUUUCAGUGAUGACUGUCUAGUAAAAGAACAACUAUCUGUUGUGCAAAUGAAAAAACCCCUUCCUUCAGAAGAACCAUCAAACCAUUUUAGUGAUUCUCUGUGUCUACAUGAAGACCUAAUUAAAAAGUUAAAUGUAAAUGAUAAUCAAGAUAUCCACCAGCAGUUGACUUUUUCCAAAUAUGAAUCUAUAUUUUCAGAAAUGGAUUCUGUUCAGAUGGUUGAAGCUUUGGACAGUGCAGAUAUAUUUCCUGUACAAGAGAAACAUCGUACUGUAGUAUCCCCUAGAGCGUUAGAACUGAGUGAUCCAGUACUUGAUGGGCACCACCAAGGUGAUCAAGAUGGAGGAGAUCAAGAUGAAAGGGCUGAAAAAUCAAUAUUAACUGGGACCAGGCAAAGUAAUUCAUUCAUGUGGUCAGGGGCAUCAUUUGAUCUAAGUCCAGGACUGCAAAUGAUUUUAGAUAAAGUGUCCAGUCCUCUAGAAAAUGAAAAGCUAAAAAUGACUAUAAACUUGUCUAGUUUGAAUGGAAAAAAUACAGAAUUAAAUGAAGAACAAGAAGUUAAUUCAACCUUGGAGACAAAUCAAGUGCAGGAAAAUUCAUUUUCUUCUAAUAAUGAAGUAAAAAAUAAGAUUGAGGUGCCAGAAAACAGUGCCAAUUAUGGUGAAACCUCAUCCCUCUUACGUAUAGUUGAUGAUAAUGGUCUCAUUCCUCCUACACCCAUUCCAACAUCUGCUUCUAAGCUGACCUUUCCAGGGAUUCUUGAAACACCUGUAAACCUUCAGAAAACUAAGAAUGUUUUACAACCCGGUGAAAGUUAUUUACUUGGCUCACCUUCGGAUAUUAAAAACCACGAUUUAAGUCCAGAGAGAAAUGGGUUCAAAGACAAUAGCCCUAUUAGUGACACAAGCUUUUCACUUCAGUUAUCACAGGAUGGAUUACAGUUAACUCCAGCCUCAAGCAGUUCAGAAAGUUUGACCAUAAUUGAUGUAGCAAGUGACCGAAAUCUUUUUCAAACAUUCAUUAAAGAGUGGCGAUGCAAAAGGCAAUUUUCCAUCUCACUGGCUUGUGAAAAGAUUAGAAGUUUAACAUCUUCUAAAACUGCCACUAUUGGUGGUAGGUUUAAGCAAGCUAGCUCACCUCAGGAAACUCCUAUUAGAGAUUAUGGAUUUCCUGUUAAUGGCUGUGAUGAUAUCUUAGUAGUUGGACUGGCAGUAUGCUGGGGUGGAAGGGAUGCCUAUUAUUUUUCAUUGCAGAAGGAACAAAAGCAUUCUGAAAUUAGUGCCAGUUUGGUUCCACCUUCUCUUGAUCCAAGCCUGACUUUGAAAGACAGGAUUUGGCACCUUCAAUCUUGCUUGCAGAAGGAAUCUGAUGAAGAACGUUCCGUUGUCAUCUAUGACUUCAUCCAGAGCUAUAAAAUUCUUCUUCUUUCUUGUGGCAUCUCCUUGGAGCAAAGUUAUGAAGAUCCAAAGGUGGCAUGCUGGUUACUAGAUCCAGAUUCUCAGGAGCCGACUCUUCAUAGCAUAGUUACCAGUUUUCUUCCUCAUGAGCUUCCACUCCUAGAAGGGAUGGAGACCAGCCAAGGGAUUCAAAGCCUGGGGCUGAAUGCUGGCAGUGAGCAUUCUGGGCGAUACAGAGCAUCUGUGGAGUCCAUUCUCAUCUUCAACUCUAUGAAUCAACUCAACUCAUUGUUGCAGAAGGAAAACCUUCAAGAUGUUUUCCGCAAAGUGGAAAUGCCCUCUCAGUAUUGCUUGGCCUUGCUAGAACUAAAUGGAAUCGGCUUCAGUACUGCAGAAUGUGAAAGUCAGAAACACAUACUGCAAGCCAAGCUGGAUGCAAUUGAGACCCAGGCCUAUCAACUAGCUGGCCACAGUUUUUCUUUCACCAGUUCAGAUGACAUCGCUGAGGUUUUAUUUUUGGAAUUGAAGUUGCCCCCAAAUGGAGAGAUGAAAAACCAAGGCAGCAAGAAAACUUUGGGUUCUACGAGAAGAGGGAAUGACAAUGGACGCAAGCUAAGGCUGGGAAGACAGUUCAGCACUAGUAAGGAUGUUUUAAAUAAAUUAAAGGCAUUACAUCCUUUACCAGGCUUGAUAUUGGAAUGGAGAAGAAUCACUAAUGCUAUUACCAAAGUGGUCUUUCCCCUUCAGCGGGAAAAGCGUCUUAAUCCUUUUCUUGGAAUGGAAAGAAUCUAUCCUGUGUCACAGUCGCACACUGCUACAGGACGAAUAACCUUUACAGAACCAAAUAUUCAGAAUGUACCAAGAGAUUUUGAAAUCAAAAUGCCAACACUAGUAGGAGAAAGCCCACCUUCUCAAGCUGUAGGCAAAGGCCUACUUCCCAUGGGCAGUUUGUACCACAGAGGAAAAAUUAAGAAGGGUUGGAGCCUGAACCCUGGAUGCCAAGCACAGAUGGAGGAGAGAGCUGCAGAAAGAGGAAUGCCAUUUUCAGUUAGCAUGCGACAUGCCUUUGUGCCUUUCCCAGGUGGUUUAAUACUGGCUGCUGACUACUCUCAGCUUGAACUGAGGAUCUUGGCUCAUUUAUCCCACGAUCGUCGUCUCAUUCAAGUGUUAAACUCUGGAGCUGAUGUUUUCAGGAGCAUUGCAGCAGAAUGGAAGAUGAUUGAGCCAGAGUCUGUUGGGGAUGAUCUGAGGCAGCAGGCAAAGCAGAUUUGCUAUGGAAUCAUUUAUGGAAUGGGAGCUAAGUCUUUGGGAGAGCAGAUGGGCAUUAAAGAAAAUGAUGCUGCUUGCUAUAUUGACUCCUUCAAAUCCAGAUACACAGGGAUAAAUCAAUUCAUGAGAGAGACAGUGAAGAAUUGUAAAAGAGAUGGGUUUGUUCAGACCAUUUUGGGAAGGCGUAGAUAUUUGCCAGGAAUCAAAGAGAACAACCCUUAUCAUAAAGCUCACGCUGAGCGUCAAGCUAUCAACACAACAGUCCAAGGAUCAGCAGCUGAUAUUGUCAAAAUAGCCACGGUUAACAUUCAGAAGCAAUUAGAGACCUUCCACUCAACCUUUAAAUCCCAUGGUCAUCGAGAGGGUAUGCUCCAAAGUGACCAAACAGUAGGAUUGUUACCAAAGAGAAAACUGCAAGGGAUGUUCUGCCCAAUCAGAGGAGGCUUCUUCAUCCUUCAACUCCAUGAUGAACUCUUAUAUGAAGUGGCAGAAGAAGAUGUUGUUCAGGGUCUUUAUAAGAGGGAAGAAGAUGGUCAGAGUCAGGGAAGAUGUGACAAAGAAACAGAGAAAUAUUUGAAGAUGCUACACUGCUGGCUUUACAGUUGGAAGACGGGGCCAGGAGCCAAGGAAUGCAGGAACCCUCUAAAAAUUGGAAAAGCUACUCUGGGAGGCUGAGGUAGGAGAAUUGCUUGAACUGGGACCAGGGAGGCGAAAGUUGUACAGUGAGCCGAGAUCAUGCCCAUUGCAUUCCAGCCUGGGCUACAGAGUGAGACUUCAUCUCAAAAAAAGAAAAUGAGGAGAAGAGCUACAUUAAAAAAAUGAAUGAAAACAGUCAUCUAUGAAAGGUGGGUGGAAAGGCAUGCAAGGUAUGGGUAUAGGAGUCAGACUUCUCUGACUAUUCCUGUUGAUAUAGUUCUGACUUUUGAAUCACAGAAAUGCUUUAUAUAUUAAAAAUAUAAAAUACAGGCAAACACAAAAUGUUUUGCCUAACCUAAAACAUAAGUGUAUUUUAAUUGUCAAUGAGCCAGGGGUCAAGGCCUUUUGAGCAUGAGUCUGUUGAUUGGAAUUUACUAUGGCUUUUUUAAACCAUAACCACAAUACAUUGUCUUAAGAAAUCCAGUUUCUGUUUUGUAAUGUGAAGUUAGAAAUUAAACAUAAUCAUUGGCUGGGUGCAAUGGCUCACAUCUGUAAUCCCAGCACUUUGGGAGGCCAAGGCAGGUGGAUCACACAAAGUCAGGACUUUGAGACCAGCCUGGCCAACAUGGUAAAACCCCAUCUCUACUAAAAAUAUAAAAAUUAGCCAGGCGCAGUGGCAUGCACCUAUACUCCUACCUACUUGGGAGGCUGAGGCACAAGAAUUACUUGAACCUGGGAGGCAGAGGUUGCAAUGAGCCAAGAUUGUGCUACUGCACUCCAGCAUGGGCCACAGAAUGAGACUACUAAAAAAAAAAAGAUAGAUAAUCACAAAAUAAACUUUGAGCAGUUUCCUUUUGUUUUCUUCCCCGUCCAGAUUCCUGUAACUUUUUCUCAGAGCUUUCAGUUAUCUCACUCAUUUUUGUUCGUUUUUAAGACACGGAGUCUCUUGCUGUCACCAUGGCUGAAGUAUGGUGGCGUGAUCAUAGCUCACUAUAACCCAGAACUCCUGGGCUGAAGUGAUUCUCUUGCCUCAGCCUCUCUGAGUAGCUGGGACUAUCGACAUGCACCACCACACACAACUACUUUUUAAUUUUUUUGGGUAGAGACAGAUUCUUAUUCUGUUGCCCAGGCUGGUCUCAAACUCCUGGCCUCAGGUGAUCCUUCUGCCUCAGCCUAAUUUUCUCAGAAGCAAACUGGCAUGAACAAGUUUGGGACCACAACUAACUCUUGAAGGGCAUCCAACUUGAACUGUGAGAGAAGUAAACAAGAUCAC